UUGCAGAGAAAACAUAUUAUUGAAAUCUUACUGGUAAAAUAAUGCAAUUUAGCUGUGCCUGAGAAUAACCUUUGGAACGAAAUUCAAAGGCGUUGCAUAUUGAGAGGUUGCUGAGUGCAUUUGUUAGCCACGGUUAUUGGAAAGCUAUAAAUAAAACACAUUGUGGCACAUCUGUUUGUCCAGUGACGAUAUACAUAUAAAUUUAAUCUGUUCAGCUUUCUUUAAUGCCCUGCAACUAAAAAGCAGGACUAAAAAGUCAGCAAGAAGUGUGGUCUAUGUCCCACCUUUUAUCUGAAUAUUUAUGCAGGGGAUUGACUGGCUGCCAUGUGACAACUCCAUGCCACCUAUAACAUUCAAGAGCACAUCACUCGGAGCGUUCUGGAUCGUGACAGAGGAUGCAGUUUGCAUUUGACUGCUAAUCAGGCAGUGGCUGGGUCUGAGCAAGGCUUCAGUCAAGGAAGGCAGAGGAGAGCAAAGGCAUCGGCUCUGUGACUACAGGCUCAGCAGCUGUGCCAGGGAAACGUCAGCAUAUGUGCGGAUCUGAUUCUCCAGCUGAGCACGCUUGACAGACACAGAUAUAAAGACAUCGCACAGGAGCUUGCUCAUUACGCAGGUUCGCUUCUGAAACUCCCCUGUCCAACUGCUUGGCGCCCAGCCUUUCUGUUUUUUUUUGGUGCUCCAGGUUCCACCGUAAGAUUCUGCACAAAUGAUGAACUUUCUGCGCCGGAGACUCUCUGACAGCAGCUUUAUUGCUAAUUUGCCAAAUGGAUACAUGACUGACCUGCAGCGUCCAGAUCCCCCUCAGCCCCCUCCGCCGGUUUCCCCCACCCCAGAAAGGAGGCAGUCGAGCCAGUCUACCGGAAGCAGCUUCUUCAGCUCCAUCUCAAAUGCUGUCAAGCAAACUACGGCUGCUGCGGCUGCCGGAUUGGUGGAGCAAACAUCCACCGGCGCUGCCAAGAAAGCCAAAAUUCUCCUCGUCAUUGAUGAACCUCACACCGACUGGGCGAAACUGUUCCGUGGGAAAAAAGUCCAUGGAGAAUAUGAUAUCAGAGUGGAACAGGCAGAAUUUGCUGAGAUUAACCUGAUUGCUCAAGCAGAUGGUACCUGCAUGGUCGACAUGCAAGUUUUGCGAAAUGGCACAAAAGUUGUCAGAUCAUUCAAACCUGACUUUAUCAUUGUGAGGCAACAUCCCUACAGCAUGGCAGAAAAUGAAGAUUUCCGGAAUAUUAUUAUAGGAUUUCAGUAUGGUGGCCUUCCAAGUGUGAACUCAUUAGAAUCCAUCUACAACUUCUGUGACAAGCCAUGGGUGUUUGCUCAGUUAGUAAGCAUCUACAAAAGCAUGGGCCCAGAGAAAUUUCCACUGAUUGAACAGGUCUUUUAUCCAAAUCAUAAGGAAAUGUUAACCAUGCCAACAUUUCCUGCUGUUGUGAAGAUUGGACAUGCUCAUUCAGGCAUGGGAAAGGUGAAAGUAGAAAAUCACUACGAUUUUCAGGACAUAGCAAGUGUGGUAGCUCUAACAAACACUUACGCCACAACUGAACCUUUCAUAGACUCCAAGUAUGAUAUAAGGAUUCAAAAAAUAGGCAAUAAUUACAAGGCUUACAUGAGAACAUCAAUAUCCGGAAACUGGAAAACAAAUACUGGGUCAGCCAUGCUCGAACAGAUUGCAAUGACUGAAAGGUACAGAUUUUGGGUUGAUAAAUGCUGUGAAAUGUUUGGUGGGUUGGAUAUCUGUGCUGUGAAAGCUGUCCAUGGAAAGGAUGGAAAGGAUUAUAUAAUUGAGGUCAUGGACUGUACAAUGCCAUUGAUUGGGGAGCACCAGGCUGAAGACAGAGAGCUUCUAACUGAAUUAGUUUUCGCCAAAAUGAACAAACUGAUACCAAGGACACCAAUUCCCUCACCUCAGAGGCCUGCUGCUACACAACAACCACAGGGUGGAAGUUUGAAGGAGGCACAGGCACAGCCAGGCUCAUUUCCUCAGCAGCGACCACCACCACAAGGGGGCCCAACACAACCCCAAGGACCACAUCCACAAAGCCAAGGCCUACUGCCACAACAUCAUGCUUCUUCUGAGGGGCCACGUGCACAAGGAGGUCCGCGUCCCACUGGCCCCCCAACUCAACAACAAAGGCAACCAAGCCAAGCAAUGCAACAACCACGGACUACUUUGCAAACCCAGCGAUCACAAGGUCAACCAGUGAGGGGGCAACCUGAACAAAAGAUGCAAGCACAGCCCAUACUCAAAUCCCAGCCAACAACCCCUCAACAACAGCCACAGCCUCAUCCUCAGUUAAACAAAUCACAAUCUUUGACCAAUGCAUUCAACAUUACGGAAUCAUCAUUAUUUCGAUCAAAUUUGAAUGAGGAUGAAGCUAAGGCUGAAACAAUUCGUAAUUUGAGGAAGUCCUUUGCCAGCUUAUUUUCUGAUUAGAAGAAAUUGAAUGGCUUGAAGUGUUGGUUUACCCCAUGUCAAUGUUACACGAAGCUGUAGAGCGCUACUUUCAGUGACGGUAGACAAAUUCUGUUUUGUUGCCCUAAAGUUGAUGCCUUCUAUAAUGCACUUGCAGGUGACUAGUGUGAUGUGUACAUAAUGGGAUGUGGUUUAAUAAGUUGUUUUAUGUCAGUUAGAUGUAACAAGACUCUGGUAAACUUAAAACAGAUCAUACUCGAUUUAAGUCAGAAUGAGUGCAAUAUUUGAGUGGUUUCAACAGGGGAAAGAAAAUAAUCUUUAGCAUAUUCACUGUGAUGUUGUGGUAUGUGCACAGAGAUGCCUUAUAGUGAAUGUAUCAUUUCUAUAUUUUAUCCAUAAUGAAGUAUGACAAUAUGGUAUUCAAUUAAACCAUGCUUAUUUCUGUUCAAUGUCAUGACAGAAUGCAAUAUUAAUUAACAAACUGCUUUUGUGAUUAAGUAGACUAUGCUGUAAUAAGUUUGACUCAGUACAUGUGUUGUGGCCAAUCUACAAAUUACUUUUGAAUUGGUCAAAAGUAACAAAAAAAACCGCCAGUAUUAACUGUGAAUUGAUUGAAAUCACUUUGUAAUAUUAGGAAUGAAUAAACAUUGCAUUCCUUGACAUUUGCACUUCUAAAAAUUGCUUUCUUCUUAAAUGUAACAACUUAUAUAAAAGUAACUGCAGUAAUAGAAUAAUUUACUAUAGACAAUGUAAUUUAAAAAGUUUAUUAUCUUAGUGUGUCAUAAAAUCUAAUAUGUUGUAAGUUGUUGUCAUUAAUAUAUUUUAGUCUUUUGCUUGCUUUUCUAACCCAGUAUAGCUUGUAUGAUCUGAUAAAACUGAACAACUUUGUGUCCAGUGAGUGUAUGCUCAUCAAACACCUGAGAGCAUACUGACUAUUUGAGGAGAUACCUCCAAAGGAAACCAGACAUUACCGCAUAUUGAAGUUGUCAUAUUUUACUCUAUAUAAUAGCCAUGUGAGCACCAUCUGAUAUAACUGAUAUAUUACCAUUUUGGUAUUUCAUCACUUUAUUGUAGAAUGUUGGUGAAUUAAAUCUGCAGUAUACCACACACCAAUCAUAUACUGAUACUUAUCAACAUCAAGAAUAAAGUCACAGAAAUUCAACAUC